CAGUGUCGCCUACUGUCGCAAACGCGCCAACCGCAACACGUUCACGUUCAGACGCAAGAUGAGCAGUGUGGACAGUGCGAUGGCGCUGAGCCUCUUCAAGCGCGCCCUCAAGGCAAACCCGUCUGCGACAGUGAAGGAGCUGCGGCACAUUUACUGCAAGGAUGUUGGGCAGGAUGAGGGAUCUUUGUCGCCACAAGUGCGCAAGGAACUCAAGACGCUGAUGAUUGAGGCCGCGUCCGCAAUGGAGGACGAGCAAGAAGGUGGCCAGGAGGAAGAGCACGCGGACGCAAAACAAGGCGAUGAUGGCGAGGAGCAUGACGGAGAUGCAGGCAGUGAGAAGAACGGGGCAGGCCAACAGAGAGACGUGUCACCGUCCCCACCGGAUUCGCCAGUGACGAAGCAGAAGCCGCAGACAAAGGGCAAGGCUGAGGUGGACCUGAGCGAUUCCGACUUUGACAGUGACCAACCCGAGGAGGAGGAGGAGACGCGCAGUCGCAGGCGCAGCAGCGCGAAGGCCAAGAAGCAGCCAGCCGUCAAAGCAGCAAAGACAUCAGCGGCCAAGAAGACCCGCCACAUCGACAGCGACAGCGACGGCGCUGGAAGUGGUGAAGAUGAUGAUGAUGAUGGUGAGAGGAAGGAGAGUGACAGUGAUAGCGAUGACGAAGAAGACACGCCAUCCUCGUCCUCAAAGACAAAGACCAAGAAGCAGAAGACCAAGCAGUCUGCCAAGAGCGAGUCUGACGCGGUGAAAUCGUAUCGCAAGAUGGUCUGGAAGUGUGGUAUUCGUCCAAAGUACAGCCAGCUCUUCACGCCAGGCAUGAGUGACGGUCGCAAGGUGUCGAAGCUGCGCAAACUCAUCAAGGAGUUCUUUGACAAGAUUGGUUUCAAGGGCAACAUCACGCUGUCAAACUGCGAGCGGGCCAAGGAGCGCUACGAUGAGCAGCGCGAGCUGGACGAGCUCGACGUAUCCAACAUCAUCCAAGAUGAGGGCGGGCGGCGGCCGCGGCGGGCAGCGAGCAGAGCAGCCCGCAAAAACGUGCAGCAGACAUUGCGCCAACAGGAGGCGUAUUUCGACGACGAGGAGGAGGAGGAGGAGGACAGGGUGGCGUGGUCGGGCCGCCGUGGUGGUCGCAGGGGGAAGAAGGCCAAGAGUGGCGAUGGUGAUGGUGAUGGUAGCAGUGGUGGUGAUAGCGACGAUGAUGGUGGGAGUGAGGAGGGGGUGGAGAGUGAUGAUGAGGAGGAAGAGGAAAAGAAGGGCAAGAAGGCAAAGAGUAAGAAAGCAGCGGUGGACAGGCGAACGAAGAAGAUGGUGGCGGCUGUGAGUGGCAGUGACAGCGACAGCGACGAUGGUGUUGAGCAGGGCGAAGCACAGAAGAAGCGAGGCGCCAAAACAAAUGGUGCUGGUGCUGGUGACGGUGAGGAGGAGGAGGAGGGUGAGUCGCCCACGAAGCGAGCCAAGACGACGCCUGGGGUGCGACGCAUGCUGGAGAGCAGCGAAGAUGAAGACGAAGACGAAGAUGAAGAUGAAGACGAAGAUGAAGAUGAAGAUGAGAAGGAGGUGGAGGAGGGGAAGGAGAAGGCCAAGAAGAAGGAGGAGGAGGAACAAGAGAAGGGAGGCAGCGAUGAUGAUGGUGAUGAAGAGGAGGACGAGUAUGAAGCGGUGGAAGAGGAGGAAGACAGUGACGAUGAGGGCGAUGACAGCGACUUUGACCCAGCGGAGUAUGAGUAAACGAACGCACAUGGGGCGGGGAAUGUAACAAAGAG